AUGUUGGCCACUACUCUGCUCCUGCUCAUCUGCGAAUUGCAGGCCGUCUGCGCCAUCACGCGCUUCUACAAUCUCACGCUGCACAGCGGAGUGAGAUCCCCUGAUGGCUACCCUCGUGAAGUGUACCUUAUCAACGACCAGCAACCUGGGCCGUUGAUUGAAGCGAACCAAGGCGACACCCUCGAAGUGACUGUCUUUAACAACUUGACCGUGGAGAACACGAUACAUUGGCAUGGCUUGCUGCAACGGGGCACACCAGACAUGGACGGCGUACCAGGCGUCACACAGUUUCCAAUACCCGCUGGCGGAAAUUUCACAUACCGCAUGCCCCUAGGAGACCAGUACGGCUUCUACUGGUACCAUUCGCAUUUCAAGACAUAUUACGACGACGCUGUGCGCGGCCCGCUCCUCAUACACCCUUCCCCUUCCCUGCAGCGGCCUUUCGAAAGCCUUGCCAAGAACGCGACCGACUUGCCCGCUCUUCUGCAGGCAGAGCGGAAUGCAACACCUGUGCUUCUCGCAGAUUGGUACCAUAAUCUCUCCAACUCUGUCUAUCAGGAGUACAUGACAACAGGUGCAUUUCCCAACUGCGUCGACAGCCUGUUGGCCAACGGCCGCGGAAGAGUACAAUGCCUUCCCGACAGCCGCGCGAUGUCAACACCAGUCAGUUCAGGUGGUACGGGUGGAGGCCAGAUGCAAUCGACCGCGCUUAACGCGCUUGGAUGCACGCCUCCCAUGAUGUUCAACCCUGGCUAUAGCAUGGAUUCGCUACCAGCAGUCACCUGCAACAACACAUCUUCACCCCUCCUUACAAUACCUGCAAAUUACUCGCAAGGCUGGCUCGCUCUUCAUUUGGUCAACGCCGCUGCCACUAGCAAGCUAAGAGUCUCGCUCGAUGCACAUUCGAUGUUUGUAUUCGCAGCCGAUGGACUCUACGUAGAAAUGCAGGAAGUCAAGGUGCUUCCUAUUUCCAUUGGCCAACGCUAUUCGGUCAUGAUCAGACUAGAUCAAAAACCGGGCAAGUAUUACCUUCGAUUUGCAUCUUAUCCAGUCGGAGACAUGCAGCAAGUCAUCGAAGAUCAGGCGAUUAUCCAAUACGAUGCAAGUUGUACCAUGACUGCUAUUGUGAGUACGGGCCUAACAUAUACCGCAAUCCCGUAUGAUGAUCCUCGCUCGAUUUGGAUGCUGCUAAAUGGGUCUGCAAAGGCUCAGGCUCGGGUACUAAACGAGAAGAAUCUGGCGCCGCUCAAUUCGAAUACGCCGCCUAGCAGUCCAGCAGAUCUGACCAAAGUCUUCACCAUCAACCAAACUGAUCCAGUGGUUUGGGUUGUGGACAAAUACCCAUACUCCGAGCCACAAGUACCUGUUAUCUACGGAAACUCAUCUGACGGCUGGACUGCUAAUACGACGAUACAUAUGCCGUACAAUGCUACCAUUGAUGUGGUAAUGCAGAUCGCAAAUGAUUCGAUGGACGUGAUGGGCCAUCCGAUGCACCUUCAUGGGCACAAGUUCUGGGUUUUGGGUAGUGGCAGUGGUCCAUUUCCCUAUUCUUCAGUAGACGACGCGCCACGAUCUGCAAUCAACUUGCAGAAUCCUCCAUAUCGGGAUACUGUCGAACUACCGGCAUCCGGUUGGGUUGUUAUUAGAUACAUCACAGACAACCCGGGGGGAUGGCUUUUCCACUGCCAUAUACAGUGGCAUCUAGUGAGCGGAAUGGCACUAGUGCUUGUGGAAGGAGAUGACCUCCUUCCCGGCAUAGUUAGUGCACCACGCAACAUAACCACACCAGGGGUCUCUCAGCCUAGCGUCACUUCAAGCAGCGGUACGGACCAGCUUACCCCUAGGGGAGGAGGUAUGCUAUUAGCAGUAGCAAUGUUAUAUAUACUGUUAGUAUAG